AUGCGUCCUAAUCAAGCUGAAUUCAGACCAGGGCGCGGUUGCGCUGACCAGAUAUUCGCGUUAAGAAGGCGUACGUCGACGCAGGUCUGUGUAUAUGGGGAACUGACAGACUCGUUCGAAAUAAGAACUGAUGUCCGUCAAGGCUGCACCCUUUCCCCUACAAUAUUCAAUUAUGCAAUAGACUGGAUAAUGGACAUUGCUUGUCGGCACUCAAGAGGCGUCCAAAUCAGUGCAGUUCUUGCGGUAUCACAAGAUCGCAUCCAUCUUCGUUCAAAUACCACUUGCGUAAAUACUGUUAUCACAAAGCGUCGUCUUCGGUGGUUAAGGCAAGUUCUCCGUCGUCCACCACAGGAGUUGACGUAUAUUUCGUUAUUUGCUAAACCGUGUGACGGCUGGCGUCAAAAGCGAGGUGGGCCAACCUGGACUGAUACGGUGAUAAAAAAUUUUGAACGUGUAGGUAGGUGGACCAGCAAUAUAUGGGCUUAG